CCCUGCUCCAAAACUCGUAAUAGUGAGGGACCACGCAGCUUGUCAUUCCCCAGCAUAUCGGCUGGCGUGUCACCUUAUCUCCCACUGUGUGUCCGGGGACUAUUUCACAUAUUUCUCCCGAAGGAUUUCCACGGCGUUCAAUUAGGUCUGUGCAUGCUAAUGGGUGUCUUUGGACGGCUGCCUCCCUCGUCCAUGUGUGGCUCUCUGAGAGCGCUGUGAGCAGCAGCAGCAGCAGCAGCACCUUGGAUCAGCAGAAGGAGGAGGAGGAGGAGGAGGAGGAGGAUUUUUUCUCCUACCGUACCGUGUCGUGCACAGUGGAAAUACACUCGCCUGCUCUGGGUACUAUCAAAACGAAAGGGAGGGAAGAAGAAGGAGAAGGAGAAGGAGACGAAGUAAGAAGCAUAAGGGCUUAUCUUUUUGGGGGGUCACCCCAGACUAUAUUUGGUUUGAAUUGUCAACGGGACAGGCCUGCUACAUUGGACGUGUCUUCAGAAUGAAUCACUCAAACUAAACUGGCAUUGUAACCACAUUUGAUGUUGAAAAUAGUGUGGAGGCAGCCAUGGAAGUGAAGGAACGUAGACCUUACCGCUCACUCACUGCCCGGCAGGACACAGAGCGCCGUUACACCAGCUCCUCAGCAGACAGCGAGGACGGCAAACCCAACCCCAAAUCUUACAGCUCCAGCGAAACACUCAAGGCCUUCGACCAUGACUCAAGGAUGGCCUACGGGAGCCGUGUCAAGGAAAUGGUUCAUCACGAGGUGGACGAGUUCAACCGGCAAGGAGCAGACUUUUCCCUUCGAAACCUUGGCUUUGGAGAGGGUCUCCCAUCCCACGUAGCCACGUACAGGACUGACCUGGGGAUGCCACACCGCGACUACUCAGUCAGUGUGGGCUCAGAUGCAGACACGGAGACAGACGGCAUCAUGUCGCCAGAGCAUGCGGUCAGAUUAUGGGGCCGCAGCAACACCAAGUCAGGCCGCAGCUCGUGCCUCUCCAGCAGGGCAAACUCCAAUCUAACUCUCACUGACACUGAACACGAGAACACAGAAAACGGUCCUCCGCUGCAUUGUUCAUCCGCCUCCUCCUCCCCCGUUGAGCAGCUCCCAUACCCUCCCCCUUCCAUUGCAGCCAAUGAGAGCCAGGGAGGGUUGCUAGGUAACUGUGCGGCUCAGCCAGCCCAGGACUCUGACUCUGAGGAUGAGUUUGGCCCCAAUUCAUUCUUAGUUAAAACUGGCUCAGGGAACCUGUAUGCUCCUGCCACUGCAACUGCUGAUGACGGAGCGUUUCAAAACCACUCUCGACUGCGGACGCCUCCUCUACCACUCUCCCACACCCACUCGCCCAAUCAUCAGCACCAUGCAGCCUCCAUUAACUCCUUGAACAGAGGCAACUACACACCACGGAGCAACCCAAGUCCAGCGCCCACAGACAGCUCAGUUCCCCCUGAGGGUCCGGCCAGCGGUCAAGACUCCGGCAGUGCACAGGACAACUGGCUACUCAACAGCAACAUCCCCCUGGAAACAAGGAGCCAGAAUACUCUAAUGUUUAUCAGAGAGGAGCAAGACGCUUGCAGAGAAGGGCAGGGCUCGUACAAAACAAGAAACUUAGCAAAGCAGACAUUCCUAGAGACUUUACAGGACAACCUCAUUGAGAUGGACAUUCUGGCAUCAGCACGGCAUGAUGCCUCGUACAACGACGGGCACUUCCUGUUCAAACCGGGUGGAACAUCACCGAUGUAUUGCACAACAUCACCGGGAUACCCUUUGACCUCCAGCACGGUGUACUCCCCUCCCCCACGCCCUCUGCCUCGAAACACUUUCUCUCGACCUGCCUUCAGCCUGAAGAAACCCUAUAAGCACUGCAACUGGAAAUGUGCUGCUCUCAGUGCCAUCCUCAUCUCAGUAACACUGCUGUUCCUGUUGGCCUACUUCAUUGCCAUGCACCUUUUUGGAUUAAACUGGCACCUGCAACCCAUGCAAAGACAGAUGUAUCAGCUUUCAGAGGACAAUACAAGUGGCCUACCUUUUCCUACUGAUCUGAGCUUGCCACCACUAGGCAACACAGGCUUGGAAAUACCUGACCGCAAGGGGAAAGAUGACAGCAAAUUGGACAGCUUGUUCCCAGAUGACAGCUAUAUAGAUAUGGGGGAGAUUGACGUGGGGCGCAAGGUCGCGCAGCAGAUUCCUCCUGGUAUCUUCUGGAGGUCCCAGGUCUUCAUUGAUCAUCCCAUGUACCUGAAGUUUAAUGUGUCCCUAAGCAAAGAUGCCUUAGUGGGAAUCUAUGGAAGGAGAGGUCUACCUCCGUCACACACACAGUUUGACUUUGUGGAGCUUUUGGAUGGGCGGCGGCUCCUUGCCCAGGACAUCCAUGGUCUGGAGGGGCCUGUGGCUAUGCAGCGGAGCCUGGUACCCAUCACCACACACGACACAGGUUUUAUCCAGUACAUGGACUCGGGCAUCUGGCACUUGGCCAUCUACAACGACGGAAAAGAAACUGAAACUGUCUCCUUCCUGACUACUGCCAUAGAUUCUAUUGAUGACUGUCCCAGUAACUGCUUUGGGAACGGUGACUGUGUUGCUGGAACAUGCCACUGCUUUUUAGGAUUCAAAGGACCUGACUGUGGGCGAGCCGCCUGUCCAGUGCUAUGCAGUGGGAAUGGUCAAUACCUUAAAGGUCGCUGCAUGUGUCACAGCGGCUGGAAGGGCUCCGAGUGCGACGUUCCCACCAACCAGUGCAUUGACAUCACAUGCAGUAGCCAUGGGACUUGUAUCGUGGGAACCUGUAUCUGCAACCCUGGCUACAAAGGGGAAAACUGUGAAGAAGUGGACUGCCUGGACCCAACAUGCUCAGGCCGAGGGGUAUGUGUCCAGGGAGAGUGCCACUGCUUUGUGGGGUGGGGCGGGCCAGGAUGUGAGAGCCCCAGGGCUUCCUGCAUGGACCAGUGCUCUGGACACGGAGCUUUCCUGGCAGAAACCGGAACCUGCAGCUGUGAUCCCAACUGGACAGGCCAUGACUGCUCUACAGAGAUUUGUGCAGCGGACUGUGGUGGCCAUGGCAUUUGUGUGUCGGGCAGCUGCCGCUGUGACGACGGCUGGAUGGGCACUGGGUGUGACCAGAGGGCGUGUCACCCUCGCUGCAACGAGCAUGGCACUUGCAAGGACGGCAAAUGUGAAUGCAGUCCGGGUUGGAAUGGAGAACACUGCACUAUUGCUCACUAUCUGGAUAAGGUAGUGAAAGAGGGCUGUCCCGGUUUGUGCAAUGGAAAUGGUAGGUGCACUCUGGGUAACAAUGGCUGGUACUGUGUGUGCCAGCUGGGCUGGAGGGGCAAUGGCUGUGACACCUCAAUGGAAACUGCCUGCAGUGAUGUCAAGGACAACGAUGGAGAUGGCCUGGUGGACUGCAUGGAUCCAGACUGCUGUCUGCAGGCAACCUGUCACACCACCUCUCUGUGUGUGGGCUCCCCGGACCCCCUGGACAUCAUCCAGGAGACACAGAUGUCCUCUGCACAGAACAACCUGCAGACUUUCUAUGACCGGGUGCACUUCCUCGUGGGAAGGGACAGCACCCACAUCAUCCCUGGAGCCAACCCCUUCGAUGGAAACCAUGCUUGUGUCAUUCGUGGACAAGUAGUGACCUCGGAUGGAACACCACUGGUUGGAGUCAAUAUCAGUUUCAUCAACAACCCAUCCUAUGGUUACACAAUCACUAGGCAGGAUGGAAGUUUUGACUUGGUGACCAAUGGGGGCAUAGCUAUAGCCCUGCACUUUGAGCGCGCUCCAUUCAUCACCCAGGAGCACACUCUCUGGUUGCCGUGGGGACGCUUCUUUGUCAUGGAUACCAUCGUCAUGCGGCAUGAGGAGAAUGACAUCCCUAGCUGUGACCUCAGCAGCUUUACCAGGCCCAGCCCUGUGGUAUCCCCAGCUCCACUCACCGCAUUCGCUGGCUCCUGCUAUGAAAGGCGAACCGUCGUACCCGAAAUCCAGUCUCUACAGGAGGAAGUGCCUAUACCAGGGACAGAAAUGAAACUCGGCUAUUUAAGCAGCAGGACCCCAGGUUACAAGUCAAUACUGAGGGUGACCCUCACCUACUCCACAAUCCCUUUCAACUUGAUGAAGGUUCACCUUAUGGUGGCUGUGGAAGGCAGGCUGUUCAGAAAGUGGUUUCCUGCAGCCCCAAACCUCUCUUAUGACUUUGUGUGGGACAAGGCUGACGUCUACAGCCAGAAGGUCUAUGGCUUGUCUGAAGCUUUUGUAUCUGUGGGUUUUGAGUAUGAGUCAUGUCCAGACCUUAUUCUAUGGGAGAAGAGGACUGCUGUUCUGCAGGGCUACGAAACCACUGCCUCCAAACUGGGAGGAUGGACUAUAGACAAGCACCAUGCUUUAAAUAUCCAGAGUGGUAUUCUUCAUAUGGGCAAUGGGGAGAACGUCUUCAUCUCUCAGCAGCCUCCUGUAAUCGGCAGCGUGAUGGGGAACGGGCGCAGGCGCAGCAUCUCCUGCCCCAGCUGUAAUGGCCUUGCUGAUGGAAACAAGCUGCUGGCCCCUGUGGCUCUGGCCUGUGGCUCAGAUGGAAGUCUGUACGUGGGCGACUUCAACUAUGUGAGGAGGAUUUUCACCACAGGGAACGUCACCAGCGUCCUGGAGCUCAGAAAUAAAGACUUCAGGCAUAGCAACAGCCCUGCUCAUAAGUACUACCUGGCCACCAGUCCAGUGAACGGUGCUGUGUACCUUUCGGACACCAGCAGCAGGAAGGUGUUCAAGGUGAAAUCGCUGAAUGUUGUGAAAGAUGUGGCCAAGAAUCUGGAGCUGGUGGCAGGCACUGGUGACCAGUGUCUCCCAUAUGAUGACACUCGUUGCGGGGAUGGAGGAAAGGCUGUCGAUGCCACUCUCACUAACCCAAGAGGCAUUACCGUGGAUAAGUACGGAGUAAUCUUCUUUGUGGAUGGGACCAUGAUUCGCAGGAUUGAUCAGAAUGGUAUCAUCUCUACUCUUCUGGGCUUCAAUGACCUGACCUCUGCCCGACCUCUCAGCUGCGAUGCUGUGAUGGACAUCUCUCAGGUGCGUCUUGAGUGGCCAACAGACCUGGCAGUGAGUCCCAUGGACAACUCCCUGUACGUCCUGGACAACAACGUAGUACUCCAAAUCUCAGAAAACCAUCAAGUCCGUAUUGUAGCUGGCCGGCCCAUGCACUGCCAAGUGCCUGGGAUUGACCAUUUCCUCAUGAGCAAAGUGGCCAUCCAUGCCACCCUGGAAUCCGCCAAUGCCUUGGCUGUGUCCCACAAUGGCAUUUUGUACAUUGCUGAGUCAGAUGAAAAGAAAAUAAACAGAGUACGACAGGUGUCCACCAAUGGAGAGAUCUCCCUGGUUGCAGGAGCACCAAGUGGCUGUGACUGCAAGAAUGAUGCCAACUGUGAUUGUUACUCUGGAGAUGAGGGCUAUGCCAAGGAUGCUAAGCUGAAUGCACCCUCUUCUCUAGCAGUGUGUCCAGAUGGAGAGCUUUAUAUUGCAGAUCUGGGCAACAUUCGUAUCCGUUAUGUGCGCAAAAACAAGCCCUAUCUGAAUCCUCUCAGCAUGUAUGAGGUGUCCUCUCCCAUUAAUGAUGAACUCUAUCUGUUUGAUUCUAAUGGCAGCCACAUUUUCACGCAAAGUCUGACUACAGGAGACCACCUCUACAAUCUGACCUACACCGGAGCAGGAGAUCUGAGCAGCAUUACUGAUAAGAACAAGAACACAGUGACCAUUCGACGUGACACAACAGGGUUGCCUCUGUGGCUGAUGGUCCCUGAUGGACAGACAUUCUGGUUCACCAUUGGCACCAACAAUGCCCUUAAAACUCUGGCUGCCCAGGGUCAAGAACUAGCUGUAAUGACCUACCAUGGAAGUUCAGGACUGCUAGCAACUAAGACGAAUGAAAAUGGAUGGACAACAUUCUUUGAAUACGACAGUUACGGGCGUCUGACUAACGUCACUUACCCUACGGGCCGAGUGAGCAGCUACCGCACAGACGCCGACAGCUCAGUCCGCGUCCAGACAGAGGGCUCCAGCAAAGAGGAUAUCACCGUCACGACCAACCUGUCAGCCUCUGGCACCUUCUACACACUCAUGCAGGAUCAAGUUCGGAACAGCUAUUUCAUUGGUCUGGAUGGCUCGCUACGGCUAGUGUUGGCGAAUGGCAUGGAGGUGUCCCUUCACACAGAGCCCCAUCUGCUGGCCGGUACAGUCAACCCCACAGUCAGCAAGAGGAACGUAACCCUGGCUAUUGACAAUGGCCUCAACCUGGUGGAGUGGAGACAGAGAAAGGAGCAGGCUCGUGGCCAGGUCACUGUCUAUGGACGCAGAUUAAGGGUUCAUAACAGGAACUUGCUGUCUUUGGACUUUGAUCGAAUCACCAGGACCGAAAAGGUCUAUGAUGACCACAGGAAGUUUACCUUACGGAUCCACUACGACCACGCUGGGCGGCCUACUCUGUGGGCACCAAGCAGUCGACUGAAUGGAGUCAAUGUCACCUAUUCCCCUGGAGGGCAUGUGGCAGGUAUCCAAAGAGGUACCAUGUCUGUACGCAUGGAGUAUGACCAGAAUGGCAGAAUCACCUCCCAGAUAUUUGCCGAUGGUAAAUCGUGGAGCUACACUUACCUUGAGAAGUCCAUGGUACUGCUGCUCUACAGCCAGAGGCAGUAUAUCUUUGAAUUUGACAAAAACGACCGACUAUCCUCUGUGACCAUGCCCAACGUGGCACGGCAGACCCUAGAGACCUCCCGCUCCAUUGGCUACUACAGAAACACCUACCGGCCUCCUGAAGGUAACGCUUCAGUGCUCCAGGACUACAGCGAGGAUGGCCAGUUACUGCAGACCACCUACCUGGGCACAGGCCGCAGGGUAAUCUACAAAUACGGCAAGCUUGCCAAGCUGCUGGAGAUUCUCUAUGACACCACACGCAUCGGUUUCUCCUAUGACGAGGUGGCAGGCAUGCUGAAGACAGUCAACCUGCAGAGUGAGGGCUUUACCUGCACCAUCCGCUACCGUCAGAUUGGCCCACUGAUUGACAGACAGAUUUUCCGAUUCAGUGAAGAAGGGAUGGUCAAUGCCAGAUUUGACUAUGUCUAUGACAACAGUUUUCGUGUCACUAGCAUGCAGGCUGUCAUCAAUGAAACACCUCUGCCGAUUGACUUGUAUCGCUAUGAUGAUGUGUCUGGCAAAACUGAGCAGUUUGGUAAAUUUGGAGUCAUCUAUUAUGACAUAAAUCAAAUCAUCACCACAGCAGUGAUGACCCACACCAAACACUUUGAUGCUUACGGCCGGGUGAAGGAGGUCCAAUAUGAAAUCUUUCGCUCACUCAUGUACUGGAUGAUGGUGCAGUAUGACAACAUGGGGCGGGUGGUGGCCAAAGAGCUAAAGGUUGGGCCUUACGCCAACACAACACGCUACACAUACGAGUAUGACGCCGAUGGUCAACUUCAGGUGGUCUCCAUCAAUGACAAGCCUCUGUGGAGGUACAGCUACGACCUAAAUGGCAACUUGCAUCUUCUCAGCCCUGGAAACAGCGCGCGCCUCACUCCGCUACGCUAUGAUAUCAGAGACCGCAUUACUCGUUUGGGAGAUGUCCAGUACAGGAUGGAUGAGGACGGUUUCCUCAAGCAGCGAGGGAAUGACUACUUUGAGUACAACUCAGCGGGCCUGCUGGUUAAGGUGUACAACAAAGUGAGUGGCUGGAGCAUCAAAUACCGUUACGAUGGCCUGGGCAGGAGGGUGUCAAGCAGAAGCAGCAUGGGCCACCACCUGCAGUUUUUCUAUGCUGACUUAUCCAGCCCCACUCGGGUCACCCAUAUGUACAAUCACUCUAGCUCCGAGAUCACGUCUUUGUACUAUGACCUACAGGGACACCUGUUUGCCAUGGAGCUAAGCAGCGGGGAUGAAUUUUAUGUGGCCUGUGAUAAUAUAGGCACCCCUCUGGCUGUGUUCAGUGGCUCAGGCCUCAUGAUCAAGCAAGUCCUCCAUACAGCAUUCGGAGAGGUUUACCUUGACACCAACCCCAGCUUCCAGAUCAUAAUCGGCUACCAGGGAGGUCUGUAUGAGCCUCUCAGUAGACUGGUCCACAUGGGUAGACGGGACUAUGAUGUCCUUGCUGGCCGUUGGACAACACCUGACCAUGACAUCUGGAAACGUCUAAACAGCAACCACAUCGUGCCAUUCAACUUGUACAUGUUCAAGAAUAACAAUCCUCUUAGCAACAAUGAGGAGAUGAAGUGCUACAUGACUGAUGUGAACAGCUGGUUGGUGACCUUCGGCUUCCAACUGUACAACGUCAUCCCUGGCUAUCGCAAACCGAGCACAGAAUCCAUGGAGCCAUCCUACGAGUUAGUCCGCACCCAGAUCAAGACACAAGAGUGGGAUAGCACCAAGUCUUUGCUCGGCGUUCAGUGUGAAGUUCAGAGGCAGCUGAAGGCCUUUGUCAAGCUGGAGCGUUUUGGCCAGAUCUACAGGGCCAAAAGUGCCGGAUGUCCACAGACAGAGGACGAGAAGAUCUUUGCAUCUGUUGGCUCCAUCUUCGGCAAGGGGGUGAAAUUUGCUAUCCGAAAUGGUCGCAUCAGCACUGACAUCAUCAGCUUAGCCAAUGAGGAUGGGCGCCGCAUGGCUGCAGUUCUGAACGACGCGUUCUACCUUGAAGACCUCCACUUCACUAUCGCUGGAAUGGACACCCACUACUUUGUCAAACUGGGCUCAGUAGAGGGAGACCUAUCCCUCAUUGGCAUGACAGUGGGCCAGCGCACGCUAGAGACCGGCGUCAAUGUGACGGUGUCUCAGGUCAACACUGUUCUCAAUGGCAGGACUAGGCGCAUUACUGACAUCCAGCUACAGUAUGGCGCCCUGUGUCUGAAUACACGUUAUGGCAGCAGUGUAGAUGAGGAGAAAGCUCGUGUGUUGGAGCUGGCCCGGCAGAGAGCUGUUGCCCAGGCUUGGGCCCGGGAGCGCCAAAGACUGAGGGACGGAGAGGAGGGCUCGCGAACCUGGACUGAGGGAGAGAAGCAACAGCUCCUGGGUUCAGGGAAGGUGCAGGGCUACGACGGAUACUACGUGGUUUCAGUUGACCAGUACCCUGAGCUGGCAGACAGUGUCAACAACAUUCAUUUCAUGAGACAGAGCGAAAUGGGCCGAAGGUGACAUGAACACGAGGCUCUGGAGUGACAGACUCAGAUGUAGGACAUGGGACUUCUUGCCAAAGACAGUUGUGUACAUGACCACUUUUUUUUUUCUUUGAUUGUGCUCAACUUGGUUUUUAAUAUACUGUAAAAAAGAAAAAACAUGGUUGCAAUCAGUUGCACUGUAUUAAUAGAAGAGUGCCCUUCUCCUUUUGAAGAUUCUUUAACAGUCUUUGCCCUCCAAGUGCGGCUGCUAGAGGAUGAAAAUUUGCGGCGUCUGUGACUUAUUUUUGUGACUCCAUUUCCUCGUUCCUUUUGGUGAUUCUGUUCAAAGGAAUCCAAGAGGAGUAUUGGUAAUGCAUUAUGUUCACUGGCUCACUCUGUUGCCAGACUUGCAGAUUGUUAUUCACAAGCUUGCUCCAUUCUGCCUUUUCUGCACCUCAGCCAAGGAGAUUCCUUCUCUUUUAAUCACUUCUUUUUUAUACUUGAAACCCUCAUAGCCCCAGUCAUCCAUAAGUAAUGAGAGAGAUUUCUGUUGGCGGUAGAGCCCUUCAUCAAAACCCCUGCUGAACUUGUCAAAGCACCUUCAUUUGUGUGAUGUCUUGUAAUUUCUUAAGAGGAGGAUUGAUACUCAUCUGUGGUCUUAGCUUGGAAGGCUUCAGUGCACCCUGACUGUGCAUGUUGAUGGCCUUCUUUAUGAACUACAAAUUUAGCAAAACUGCUUAAUCAAGCUUAAAUUGUAUGGUCAAGCCAACAAAGGGAUAUGAGGUCACUUUUUUAUUUUGUGUGUAUUUUAUUUUUUAACUGGAAUUUCUUUUUCCAAGGAAGAAAAUGAAAACAGAAUAAAUUGCUCUUUGCUCCUUUUUAUUUGACUGUGGUCAAACAACUCGAUUAUUAAGAGCCAACCCUGUAAGAAAAUACUGUGGAAUUAAUGUCUGUAUUAAACAACAAAAGGUAUUUUACAGGAAUGGUUUUGAAUUACAUUUUAGUUUUGUUUUAUAAAUAGCUAUAUGAAUUAACAGUAUAACAAAUGUGAAUUUAAAAAAAAUGUGAACUAUUGUCCCUUUUAUUGUUAAUUGUUGUACUUGAACAAUACUUAAGGGUGUUUCAACACAUGGAAUAAACUAUGAAAGGUGGUUUAGUUAAAUCAAUUACUGUGUUUUUCAUUAGACAGAGUGACAGACUACGUUUUACUGAUCUCAAUUGCAUAUGAAAGGCAGUGUUUGUUUAUCAUUGAGCUUAAGUCAGUAUUCCUCACCACAAUGUCCAAUCAAAUAAAGCUUGGGAUGAAAAUAUUUUUAAAAAGUGAGACUACAAAGAUGGUUAAAGAAACCAAUCUCAUCAGUGAUACAUACUACAUCAAGAUAUUGGCUGCUGAGAUAUAUGGGCUUUGCAUUGUGUUGUGGGUGACAUGAAAGAUACAAAUUGCCUUUGCCCUAAGGGCUGCCCGCAGGUCAGCAUCGAAAGUGCUUUCAUUCUCCAGAAUAGGGCUCCACUUGGUCCCAUGGCUGGCUGAAAUGCAUUAGACCUGCUAGUGUACUAGUUCCCGUUUACAGACUAAAGGUCGUCUAUACACACCAACCUUGGAAAAAACCCACGUGGACACAUUCUAGCUCCCAUAUGUCCAUGUCCUCCUCAGUGGAGACUGCAAAGGACAAUUCUGCUCAUUCGAAAAUGUCAUGUGAAAACUCAAGAGGAGACUUUUUUGGAAAUUGUGACAUUGAUGUGACUUCUAGUACUUUUUGAACUAUGCCAAGCCACUGCACACUCUUGACUUUCUUAUCAUUUUUCCAUCAAAAUAUGAACUUGUUUGUGUGUGAAGGGGUGGUGGGAGCAUGAUUGAGUGUCUCAAUCUGUACAAAUGUUAAAGCAAACAGUACAUGGUUCUUUUUUUUCUGCUGUUGGUUGAUUCAGUGACGUUUUGUUUCCAAAAAAAUAUGUAUGUUCAACAUUAUAUGAAUGAAGGAUAUUUGCAUUGUGGAAUAUUGCACUGAGAACUGUUGCGUCAUAAGACUGUAUCUUUUUCUAAAGUUUUGGACUCAUUUUGAGUUUUGGUUUGUUCUCAACACUGUGUUUUUAGCGCUUCUCUUUGACCAUGUAAAUAUGAGGACAUCAAAGUAAGCUGUAAAUAAAAUGCAAAUGUAGAUACCUCUUAGAGCUACAUCAGUGACCCUGUGUAGUCUUAAGGUAGGAAAAAAAUAAAGGGAAUAUUUUGUGUUUA